AUGCAACAAUCAACACAUACACAACCAGCAAUUACGUUUGAUGACUAUGUGCACUAUGCUGCUCCCAAAUCUUCCAACAUAAGAACGGUUUUCUCACCAGCUGCUGUAACUUUGGGAAGAAAUGCAUUUGAUCGAAAUGGAGAUCAAAUAUCUGACUUUGAAAUUAUAUCUUGUAAUGGAGACCGCAUUCCUGUAUCCAUGGCGGUCUUAAUUGACAGGUGGGGUAAAUACUUUGUUACCCUACUUUCAAAAGGAUAUGUUUCAGCGGUUGAGGACUUUGAAUCGGAAAAGAAUCAAGAGGUAAAAUCAAAAGCUACAACCACUUUGAGAAAAGCUGAUGUACCACGGUUCAGGAUACCAUUUCAAGAAUCUACCGAAUCCUUGGGCACACACUCAACAAAAUUGAAGCAAAGUUCUAUUUGCUCGAUGUCCACAGAAUCCCAAGCAUCAAGAAACAACUCCAGCAACGAAAGCCGCAAGAACUCAGUCCCCACUUUUCAACAUGAUGUUUUCACAUCGCACAUGGACGAAGUACCGCCUCAAUCAUUACCACCUACUGAACCAAUUCCUCCAGUUCCAGCAGUCCCCGCGUCCUUCAAACCCUCGUCACGUAAGGGUUCACAAGAUGCGAGCUCACCAAGGGCAUCAUUGUUAAACACCCUAUCGGUGUUGCGAAACAUUCCGUCCUCAAGAUCCCCUAGAGAAUCACCGUUUUCGUCCCCACGUGCUUCAUUGUCGGCAUCCAGCUCAAAUUUGAGUGAGUUGCGCAGUUCUCCAUUUCCAAAUCUAAGACCAAAUUUGGGUAGGUCAACCUCGGAUUUGAAACUAACGUGCACCGAGUCAGGCGGGGAAACCAAGUACAAGGAAAAUGAAUCUGGAAGUAGUGUUGGUCACGGGUCAGUACAUGGAGACGACGAAAGAAGCGAUAACAAUGAUGACGACAAAAACGAUAACGAUGAUGAUGAUGAUGAUGAAGAUUAUCACCCACUUUUUGGAUUUGAGGAAGAAAGGUUCCCCCUUGAGCCAUCAUUAAUACCACGAAAGUUGUAUAUGCCGUUCUCAACAAACACGGUAAAGUCUUUCUGUGAGUUUUUCUACACAGGACAAGUGGGGAACAAAUGGGUUCUUGCACCAACAUUGUUGGAUAACUUUAUAAUUGCCAAAUUUUACAAAGUUCCGUUGUUGUAUGAUUUAAUCUAUGAAGUGUUGAUUGAUGUAAUACGACGUAAGGAGAAGGUGUUGUUGAAAGAGCUGACCGAGGAUUACUCGCAGGUUAUUGAAUCCAUAGAAAAUGGCGUUGUUAGCAAGACUUGGUUGAAGAAAAUUUGCGACGAGUAUCAAGACGAACUGAGUGAGGAAACCAUGGCCAUUUUGGACGUUGAUGAUUUGAAUUCUGGAACUACUCCGAGAUUCAAGUCUGUUUUUGAUAGACCAAUGAUUCCACUAGACACUAAAAGUGAAGAGGCUGAUGAUGAAGCGAAGAGUAAAACAAACACGAUGACUGUUGAGGAGUUGGUGAAUCCUGACUCUCCAUGUCCAUCUGAUGAGGUGAUUGAGGUGAUUCACGAAGCCGCUUUGUUGGUAACUGAGAUUAGAAUUGUUUUGAGAACAAUGUUGUUGAUGAAACUACAAAAGGAAAGAAGGAUAAAGACGUAG